AUGAUGAAUCGGGCAUUCUGGGAUGUGAUCUUUCUCAUUACUGGGUCCCUCUUUACCUAUGGAACCGGACAGGAUAAUUCUACUAUUGCUACUAAUUCUACUAUGACCACCACCCCUCCUGUGACUACUACCACUGUAAACACUACGCUAUUUUCUACCACUACCAGCACCAUUACUACAACCAACCUUCCAGUUAAAAAGUUUGUGGCAGCAGCUGUUCGAUCACACUUCGAUGACUGUCCUGACUCGCACAGCCACUUCUGUUUCCAUGGCACCUGUCGUUUCCUGAUUCUGGAGGAGACCCCUGCAUGUGUGUGUCACCAAGGCUUUGUAGGGAUGCGAUGCGAGCACGCCGACCUGCUAGCCGUGGUGGCCACCAAUCACAGGCAACAGACAGUUGCCACGGCGCUAGUGCUGUGUGUGAUUGGCUGUGUCUUGACGAUGCUUCUCUUUGCUGGUGGAGGCGGGACGGUUUGGGGCGGAGGCACAGACUUCACUGUGCCCCAGAGAAACAAGACCGUAGGCUGA